AAAAGGCAUGCUUGGGAAACGAAGUCCUCGCCCUCCAUCUCCCGCUUUUCACGCAGCUUUCGCGAGAUUUCCCCGAGUCGGGUUCUGUGUGGAGCAGCAUUUUCUUUGGCAGACGAACAGAACCGAAAUGAAAUCUGCGUGCAGGUGAAAGCAGACGAAAAGCUCGUCGGCGACCAGUCAGUGUGUGCUUUUCGGCUGUCAGUGGAACUUCGAAAGGGGCGGAUGUAGCUUCUCGCCGCCCCUUGCCUCCCUGAAACGUCUGCAUUGAGGUGGCGCUCGGACAAGCGAGGGAAACUGCCUGUAACCUUCGAAUUUGUGGAGGCAUGUCAAAGAAAAGAGGCAGGAAGCGAAGCAUCGGGGAGCUGAGCGAUGCCGGGAGCCCCGACCCCAACUGCAUCCUGGGCGUGCGCAUUCAGCACAACUGGCGCGAGAAGGGCAACCAGAGCAAAUGGAAAGGCACCGUGCUGGACCGACUCGGUGUUAACCCGUCACUCUUCAUGGUCAAGUACGACGGCUUUGACUGCGUCUACGGCAUUGAGCUGUUUAAGGACGAGCGCGUGUCUAACCUGCAGGUCCUCUCAGAAAGUGUCGUAAACAACAGGAUCAAGAUACCCACGGGGGCCGAGGAGCUGGUCGGCAAAGCCGUGGAGCAUCUCUUUGAAAAGGAAGAUGGUGAGAAGAACGAGUGGCGAGGGAUGGUGCUCUCCAGAGCGCCAAUCAUGACCAACUGGUAUUAUAUCACCUAUGAAAAGGACCCAGUUCUUUAUAUGUACCAACUGUGGGACGACUAUGCCGACGGGGACCUCAGGAUUCUGCCCGAAGCGGAAAACAAACACCUGCUGCCUGCCGACAGGAAGCCGGGGGAAGAGACUGAGAGCCUGGUGGGCAAACAGGUGGAGUACGUGACGGACAAAGGUGUGAAAAGGACCGGCCUGGUCAUCUACCAGGUCCCUGCCAAGCCCUCCGUCUACUACAUCAAAUAUGAUGAUGACUUUCACAUCCACGUCUAUGACCUGGUGAAAACCACCUAGAAAGAGAGAUCCCUCCCUCACCCAUCUUUCGAAUUUCUUAUUUAAAGCCAUUGCAGAAUAGUUGACGCUUUCUAAUUCAUGUACCCUUUUUUUGUUUUUUUCUUUGUAUGUUUGCACAGCACAAUUGUAGCGUUCAAUCUACUUGCCGUGUCUGCAUUUCCAAGUGUAAAAGGCCAUAUUUCUGUUUGCUGACACACAAAGUUGGGAUACACCCCACUCCACAUUGGCAUUAAUUGGACUAACAAGGGAGUUAAAUCCAUUAUUUCUGGAAUUAUACGUACUUAAAAGUCGGGACGAAUGGAAUACCGCACAAGUGCUUUACAAGACAUUUAGUGUUUAGCCUCUAUUUGGCUAUGUUAUGAAAUGCAUCAUUAUCGCAGGGUAUCUGCUCCUUUAACAACAGUGCAUUCUUUGUAAUGCUUAGAAGGAUGACAUUUGCUUGCAUCCCAAUGACACCAUUAAAAAAAAAAAAAAAAUCAUCAAGUGCCUUCAGGCUCACUUAUUUUUUAUUAAUUUUUU